CUCGCUUCUAACGAUUUUCGAUUCAACAUAAUUAUUCAAAGGCAUUAUAAAAAGUGAAAGAGUAAAACAAACUAUUCUCCAUUGAUUAUCACUUAUGAAAUAAGUCUAAAUUAUAAAAUAAAAACAAGAAUAAAACGUUAUAUUUCUUAGAAAAUUUCUUAUCGUGUUUGACUACAAAAAGAAAUAAUUAAUUGGACUUCUCAAAUAAUUGCAGAAUGUAGGAAAAGAUCGAAUCGAUUCGAGAUGUCGUAGAUCCUCUGAUCUUUCGACUUGGACUCCCGCGCAUUUUUAUCCUAUUUGAUCCGGCAUGCGAAGGUUAUCGUCUAUCGGUAAGCGCCGAGGUAGGAUGAACAUCGCAGAGAUCGAGUACCUCGCCGAACAGGAGGAGAUCACGAUUAUCCCCAAGUUCAGCGAUCAGCGGGUGAUCCACCUGAUCUCCGGUGACAUCGGGCCCUUUAGGGCCGGUGUACCUUGCGUCGUCCCGAUCUGGGUCGCGAUAAAUCUACGCAAAAGGCACAAAUGUACCCUCGUCCUACCGGAUUGGAUGGACCCGGCGGUCCUCGAGAUCAAAGUCGAGGAGGAGAAAACCAGCAGGGUAUUCACAAAAAUGCCAAGUGACCAUUAUCUAGGAAUCGCUCACCUACUGUUCUCUAAUGCUCUUGAGGACAUCGCUAACUCUGACCAGAUUAGGACAUUACUGAAGGAUCUGUGGGAUGUUAGAGUUUCUAAGGCACGAUCCUCAGCAGAUUCUUUCUUGAAAAACGGAGGCCGCCAUGCAGGAAUUGAUUACCUGACACAACUGGAAAUCUGCACAUUGAGGCCUCUGCUUUUAGACGCUUUAGAUACUGUUUUCAAACUCAGUGCUCCACAAGACCCAUUAAAUUUUAUGAAUGUAUCUUCAUUUACAAGCCAGUCUCAGUCUCAGUCGCAACAAGCAUCCACCAGUUCUCAUUCGGAGUUAUGACAACUUUAUUCCAUUUCCCUUCCAUCUUUACAAAACUCGAGCAACAAAGAAAUUGUACAAAAUGUAAAGUUAAUGCAUAAUAAAUAUUUUAUUUAAAACAAU